UGCUCAGGCACGAUCUCCUUUAUUUAAUUUAUCUUGUCCAUAAAAGGGGUCUACUCUCUCAUAAGGGAGUCACUCACUCUAAUUGCAAUUCCACAAGCCAAAAGAAAUCAUGGAGGCGGUAGAGGCAACGCCAGAGAUGUCAGCUCUGUUUGGGGAGCUUGUAUUGGACGUUGAGAUUAGAGCUCCAGCGGGGAAGUUCCACCAUAUGCUUGCGGGAAGACCACACCAUAUGUCGAAAGCCACUCCUAACAACAUCCAAAGAUGUGAUCUUCAUGAGGGAGAGUGGGGAAAAGUUGGCACAAUCGUCACUUGGAACUACGUUCUUGAUGGACAGCCAAAGAUAGCCAAGGAUAGGAUCGAGGCAGUGGAGCCGGAGAAGAAUUCGAUCACGUUUAGUGUGAUAGAAGGUGAUCUAAUGAAUGAGUUCAAGAGCUUCGUGCUCAAGAUCCAGGUGACUCCCAAGCAAGGAGGGCCUGGAAGUGUGGUUAACUGGCACGGGAAGUACGAGAAGAUUGACGAGAACGUGGCUCACCCGGAGAAUAUGCUGCCGUUCUUCAAAUCAAUGUCCAAAGAGAUCGACGAACACCUCUUGUCUGAGGUGUAGAGGCUCUUUGUGUGAGAUGUAAAAAUACUACGGUCAGGUGUGGCCAAAUCUAGUAUCAAUUUUUUCUAAUAGGGUUAAAGCAUGAUACUAGUUCAACUAGUUAAAAUAAGAGUGAUUUAAUUCUAUAAAAUUCAGAAAUAUGUAUCUAAGUAGACUUAACGUUAAACUAA